UGUCGCCGUCCCGCCUCCAGCAGCCGGUGCGGGGCUGGUCGGUACCCGGUGCUCGGGGCUCACUGCUACCUGUGGAAUACAGUGAUCGUGGAGGACUCGAGCCAUCACUGCAGUCGCUUGGUGGGUUAUUGCAGCUUAGGCAAGAAGCAUGAUCAAGAUGAACUGCGUCAUAUUAACUGCCUGCAUUGUUCUGGUUGCUUUUUGUAGUUGCGGUUAUACCCUAAGGUGCUACCACUGCGAGAACAGCCCUUCCUUGUGCAAGACCAAUAGUACUUGCUUAGCGACUGAAGAUACUUGCUUGCAGAUGAAAUUUGGUAAAUUGAGAACUUUCUCCUGCUGGAAGGCAUCCCAGUGCAGUGUGAAUGAUAUUGCUGAAUUCUUCCAGUUGGAUAAUUUUGAAUUCUUUUGCUGCCAACACGACUUGUGCAAUGAGAGCACAAUUACUAAGGUUAACAAAGCAGCCUUCAGUAUUGCCUCUGUAAUGACCAUGUUAUGGAUGCUUCUGUAAUAAUCCUGAUUUGUAUGCCGUACUUUCAAGCUGAAGUUAUACAAAAUCAUUAACGCUCUUCUGAAUUGUACUUUUCGCAUUUUCAGUUCCUAAUCGUGGGCAGAAACGUUACCUUUUAAUUUUAAAUUCUGUUUCCUGAGGUUCCAUCUGUUAAAUCACUGUCUCCAUUCACGGGAAGGAGAUGUAUAUUGUUACCAGUUAUAGGGAAUUCAUGUAUUUUGGCCUGCCGCCUUCAUGGGGAAAAUAACUUGUUAGGAAGUAGUGUCAUCUUGUGGAGAACCUGGGCAAACUUCAGUGGGUGAUGUGAAAGGGAAGGAAUACUAUAGGUUUUAUGCUGGAAAGCUAUAAUUUCUUAAAAUUGUACUUAUUUUUGUUGGGAUUUUGGGGGGUGGUUUAUUUUGGGGGGGGGUGCUCCCUUGUCAUACACCAAGCAGUGGAUUUGCCCUCAACACAAGAAGUGUUGGAUCAUAAGUAUAAACUUGCUGCAGUCUUCAUGAUGACUAUGGCAAUGUUUAGUUUCAAGUGAUGUAGACUCUUUGUUGCCAUCACUGUAACGUUUUUCUUUUCUUUUUACAAGCCAAUGAUAUAUCCUUGUAAGUACUGUUAUUUUGGGAGGAAGCAUCUACAUUUCCUAAGCCAAAACGAAAAUAAUGCUGUAAGUGAGAAACACUUUACUCUCUUUUUAUAUUUCCAUGAGCAUGCAGACGACACGUUAGCUGCUUUUUUCCACCCUUAUACUUUAUCCAUGUCUAGGAUUUUAACUAAGCAUGUGCUUUGCACUGAGUAUUUAUUGGUAUACUGAAAAUUAUAAAAUGCUAAGGAAUUGAAGUGGCACAUCUAGGUUAUUUUCCCACAUAGUCAGCUUUUGGUUUUUGUUGAAAAAAGUGACAUGUAAACUUAACCCUUCAAGCUCCCACCUAAAAGUAUUAAAAAAACCUUGCAGAACUUUCUAUUUUGACUUUUAUGCAACUCUGUAAAUGCCAGUACAAAAUAUACAUGUAUUUAUAUAGCAUGAAGAAAAAAACGCUUGGUUUGGAUGUGUAAGAGGUCUGGAGCUGAAAUAGUAUGUACAUUGCUCUGCCUCAGUGGUGGAGACAGACCUUUGAUACUUCUGUGGUAGCUGGGGACCCUCUCAGUCAGGUACAAUGUCAAAUUCUGCUUUUUCUCUUCUGGAGCUCUUGGCAUGUUCCUGCAAGAGUUGUGGUCCAUUGCCAAUGGCGUAUUCUCUUUCUGAGGACGCUCGCUUGUGCUACGCAGGGUGCCAGUGACACCAGUUCACCCAGUCAUAACAAGGGUGUUACUCCAACUCCGUGAUAUAUUCUGCAAUGUAUCUUUUAGUUAAGCUUAUCUUAGCUAUGAAAGCAUCCUGGGAUCUCUCUGAUCACUCAAAAUAUGGGAAUCAUCCUGUCUUUGAUUAAUAAAAAUGUCAAAAAAGAAAA